UCCGGCCUCGGGCGCCGCGUCCUACGGGGGGCCUCCUUCCCCGCCUGCUGCCCCGUCGCCGCCGGGCCAGGUCCGUCGGCUGCUGCCAUGGGCACCGACAGCCGCGCGGCCGGGGCGCUCCUGGCGCGGGCCAGCACCCUGCACCUGCAGACGGGGAACCUGCUGAACUGGGGCCGCCUGCGGAAGAAGUGCCCGUCCACGCACAGCGAGGAGCUUCAAGAUUGUAUCCGGAAGACCUUGAAUGAGUGGAGUUCCCAAAUUAGCACAGAUUUGGUCAGGGAGUUUCCAGAUGUCUUGGAAUGUACUGUAUCUCAUGCAGUAGAAAAGAUAAAUCCCGAUGAAAGAGAAGAAAUGAAAGUUUCUGCAAAACUGUUCAUUGUAGGAUCAAACUCUUCAUCAUCAACUAGAAAUGCAGUUGACAUGGCCUGUUCAGUCCUUGGAGUUGCACAGCUGGAUUCUGUGAUCAUAGCUUCACCUCCUAUUGAAGAUGGAGUUAAUCUUUCCUUGGAGCAUUUGCAGCCUUACUGGGAAGAAUUACAAAACUUAGUCCACAGCAAAAAGAUUGUUGCUAUAGGUACCUCUGAUCUGGACAAAACCCAGUUGGAACAGCUGUAUCAGUGGGCACAGGUAAAACCAAAUAGUAACCAAGUUAAUCUUGCCUCCUGCUGUGUGAUGCCACCCGAUUUGACUGCUUUUGCUAAACAGUUUGACAUACAGCUCUUGACUCAUAAUGAUCCAAAAGAACUGCUUUCUGAAGCAAGUUUCCAAGAAGCACUUCAGGAAAGCAUCCCUGACAUUCAAGCACAUGAGUGGGUGCCACUGUGGCUACUGCGAUAUUCAGUCAUUGUUAAAAGUAGAGGAAUUAUCAAAUCAAAAGGCUACAUCUUACAAGCUAAAAGAAGGGGUUUUUAACUACGAUUUAGGAUCAUAACCUACUGACCUGUAUUUUCCUUGAAUAUAAGAUAAAAUUGAGAUGUAUAAAAAUCUAAUUACUGCCUGUAAAUGUGUCAUUGAGGCAGAUAUUCUUUAGUUAUAUUUUACAAUAUGUUAUCUAUCAAGUUUGAAUACUUCUCUUGCUUCCAUAUCAGUUCACUCACAUGAACCACUAUAUUGUUUUCAUUAAACUAUUGUUUUCUAAUUGAAAUUGUCUAUAAUGAAGAUACUUGCGAUAUAUUUUUCCUUUAUUUUUAUGACAGUAGAAAUCAAGAAAAUUUGUUGUUAGAUAUAUUUUGGCCUAGGCAUCAGGGUAAUAUAUAUACAUAUUUUUUAUUUCUAAAAAAUUCAUUAAUUGCUUCUUUCUGUACAGUAUAACUAAGCAAUUUAAUUACAGUUGUUAAAACAAAUACUGGAAGAUAUUUUUCCUGUCAUUGAUAAGAUGAUUAUAUCUCAGAGUAACUGGAAUAGCUGGGAUCUACUAGUAGUGUAAAUAAAAGUCCUUUCUUCAA